AUGUUUCUGGCGGUGAAGACAAGGUUACUGCCGGUGAGGACAAGGUUCCUGGCGGUGAGGACAAGGUUCCUGGCGGUGAGGACAAGGUUCCUGGCAGUGGUUGAGGACAAGGUUCCUGGCGGUGAGGACAAGGUUUCUAACUGUGAGGACAAGGUUUCUGGCAGUGAGGACAAGGUUACUGGCGGUGAGGACAAGGUUCCUCGCGGUGGCGGUGAGGAAUAUGUUCCUGGCGGUGAGGACAAGGUUCCUGGCGGCGAGGACAAGGUUCCUGGCGGUGAGGACAAGGUUUCUGACUGUGAGGACCAGGUUUCUGGCGGUGAGGACAAGGUUACUGGCGGUGAGAACAAGGUUCCUGGCGGUGAGGACAAGGUUCCUGGCGGUGACGACAAUGUUCCUGGCGGUGAAGACAAGGUUACUGCCGGUGAGGACAAGGUUCCUGGCGGUGAGGACAAGGUUCCUGGCGGUGAGGACAAGGUUCCUGGCGGUGGUUGAGGACAAGGUUCCUGGCGGUGAGGACAAGGUUUCUAACUGUGAGGACCAGGUUUCAGUCGGUGAGGACAAGGUUACUGGCGGUGAGGACAAGGUUCCUCGCGGUGGCGGUGAGGACAAUGUUCCUGGAGGUGAGGACAAGGUUCCUGGCGGUGAGGACAAGGUUCCUGGCGGUGAGGACAAGGUUCCUGGCGGUGGUUGAGGACAAGGUUCCUGGCGGUGGUUGAGGACAAGGUCCUGGCGGUGAGGACAAGGCUUCUGACUGUGAGGACAAGGUUUCUGGCGGUGUGAACAAGGUUCCUGGCGGCGAGGACAAGGUUCCUGGCGGUGAGGACAAGGUUUCUGACUGUGAGGACAAGGUUUCUGGCGGUGAGGACAAGGUUACUGGCGGUGAGAACAAGGUUCCUGGCGGUGAGGACAAGGUUACUGGCGGUGAGGACAAUGUUCCUGGCGGUGAGGACAAGGUUCCUCGCGGUGACGACAAGGUUCCUGGCAGUGAGGACAAAGUUCCUGGCGGUGAGGACAAGGUUCCUGGCAGUAAGGACAAAGUUCCUGGCGGUGUGGACAAGGUUCCUGGCGGUGAGGACAAAGUUCCUGGCGGUGAGGACAAGGUUCCUGGAGGUGAGGACAAGGUUUCUGACUGUGAGGACAAGGUUUCUGGCGGUGAGGACAAGGUUACUGGCGGUGAGGACAAGGUUACUCGCGGUGGCGGUGAGGACAAGGUUCCUGGCGGUGAGGACAAGGUUCCUGCCGGUGAGAACAAGGUUCCGGGCGGUGAGGACAAGGUUCCUGGCGGUGAGGACAAGGUUCCUGGCGGUGAAGACAAGGGUACUGCCGGUGAAGACAAGGUUCCUGGCGGCGAGGACAAGGUUCCUGGCGGUGAGGACAAGGUUCCUCGCGGUGGCGGUGAGGACAAUGUUCCUGGCGGUGAGACCUGCAAGGUUCCUGGAGGUGAGGACAAGGUUUCUGCCUGUGAGGACAAGGUUUCUGGCGGUGAGGACAAGGUUACUGGCGGUGAGGACAAGGUUACUCGCGGUGGCGGUGAGGACAAUGUUCCUGGCGGUGAGGACAAGGUUCCUGGCGGUGAGGACAAGGUUCCUGGCGGUGAGAACAAGGUUCCGGGCGGUGAGGACAAGGUUCCUGGCGGUGAGGACAAGGUUCCUGGCGGUGAAGACAAGGUUACUGCCGGUGAAGACAAGGUUCCUGGCGGCGAGGACAAGGUUCCUGGCGGUGAGGACAAGGUUCCUCGCGGUGGCGGUGAGAACAAUGUUCCUGGCGGUGAGGACAAGGUUCCUGGCGGUGAGGACAAGGUUCCUGGCAGUGAGAACAAGGUUCCGGGCGGUGAGGACAAGGUUCCUGGCGGUGAGGACAAGGUUCCUGGCGGUGAAGACAAGGUUACUGCCGGUGAAGACAAGGUUCCUGGCGGCGAGGACAAGGUUCCUGGCGGUGAGGACAAGGUUCCUCGCGGUGGCGGUGAGAACAAUGUUCCUGGCGGUGAGGACAAGGUUCCUGGCGGUGAGGACAAGGUUCCUGGCAGUGAGAACAAGGUUCCGGGCGGUGAGGACAAGGUUCCUGGCGGUGAGGACAAGGUUCCUGGCGGUGAGGACAAGGUUCCUGGCGGUGGUUGAGGACAAGGUUCUUGGCGGUGGUUGAGGACAAGGUUCCUGGCGGUGGUUGAGGACAAGGUCCUGGCGGUGAGGACAAGGCUUCUGGCGGUGAGGACAAGGUUCCUGACGGUGAGGACAAGGUUCCUGGCGGUGAGGACAAGGUUCCUGGCGGUGAGGGCAAGGUUCCUGGCGGUGAGGACAAGGUUCCUGGCGCUGAGGACAAGAUUGCUGGCGCUGAGGAAAAGGUUCCAGGCGCUGGGGACAAGGUUCCUGCAUUUGAGGACAAGGUUCCUGGCGCUGAGGACAAAGUUCCUGGCGCUGAGGACAAGGUUCCUGGCGCUGAGGACGAGGUUCCUGCCGCUGAAGACAAGGUUCCUGGCGCUGAGGACAAGGUUCCUGAAGACGAGGACAAGGUUCCUGGCGCUGAGGACAAGGUUUCUGCGGCUGAGGACAAGGUUCUUGGCGGUGAGAACAAGGUUCCUGGCGGUGAGGACAAGGUUCCUGACGGUGAGGACAAGGCUCUUGGCUUAGGACAAGGUUCCUGGCGCUGAGUACAACGUUCCCGCCGCUGAGGACAGGGUUCCUGGCCCUGAGGACAAGGUUCCUGGCGGUGAGGACAAGGUUACUGGCGGUGAGGACAAGGUUCCUGGCGGUGAGGACAAGGUUCCUGGCGCUGAGGACAAGAUUCCUGCCGCAGACGACAAAGUUCCUGGCGCUGAGGACGAGGUUCCUGGCGCUGAAGACAACGUUCCUGGUGCAGAGGACAAGGUUCCUGGCGCCGAGGACAAGGUUCUUGGCGUUGAGGACAAAGUACCUGGCGCUGAGGACAAGGUUGCUGCCGCUUAAGACAAAGUUACUGGCGGUGAGGACAGGGUUCCUGGCGGUGAGGACAAGGUUCCUUGCAGUGAGGACAAGAUUCCUCGUCCUGAGGACAAGGUUCCUGGCGGUGAGGACAAGGUUCCUGGCGCUGAGCACAAGGUUCCUGGCGGUGAGGACAAGGUUCCUGGCGCUGAGGACAAGGUUCCUGGCGCUGAAGACAAGGUUUCUGGCCGUGAGAACAAGGUUCCUGGCGCUGAGGACAAGGUUCCUGGUGGUGAGGACAAGGUUCCUGGCGGUGAGGACAAGGUUCCUGACGGUGAGAACAAGGUUCCUGACGGUGAGGACAAG